AUGACCUACGCGCUGCCUAUCAAAUACUCGGCUGAGUUCUUGCCUCGGUUGAAAUCUAUAACCGUGAAUAUCGAAAUCACCGAUGCAAGCUAUAUCCCCACCCAAGCAGUAAUGGCCUCGCCCACUGUCUGCUCCGUCACUUUCGGCGAUCUCACCUCAGAUGCGGAAACAACGUACCAGCUCAGCCUCCCCCACCCGGCGAUGGAAAAUCUCCCAGUGUUGAGCCUAAUCAGGAAAGAUGUGCACAACGACCUUUUAUACUCAAUAAAACUACCCGCUGCCGCCACAGUGGAAGACAGUAAGUACUUCGACCGAUCGGCCAACUUCUCCAUGACCAUGGCCACCGACCAUGUCAAAUGGUCCACAAAGGAUAUCAAAGCAAAAUUAUCCGGUUCCAAGCUGGGGUUCACAUUCAACUGUGGAAAGUGCAACGCGACAAUUUUGAUAGAUACCCAGGUUACGGCGUUUCACGACCUGCCCUCCGAAUUGUGGCUGGAGAUGAUGGACUUCUGGCACUGCCACAAGCCCGAAACGGGUGAAAUCCACGGUACAGCCAAUCGGUACACCAAACUCAGACCCCGAGCCAAUGGGGUUAUCAUUGGCUCUUACUACCUCCUCACAAACGCCGACGACUUCCCCAGCAUUACUGUCGUGGGGGACGCAGCCCAAUGCACUGCUUGCGCAUAUGAAUUAGGGAAUAUGGACGACGAUCUCUUGGUAAAACUCUUUAAGUGGAACCUCAUACUUGUGGUAAAAGGGUCUGAAGAGAUGUAUCUCCCGUACUAUCACGCGUAUGGCGUCAUGUUAGAUGCGAUCAACUCCCAGGCCUCCCGGGUGUACCAGGUGAAGAACGAGUCUGAAGAGUCGGAAAUGCUUGUGUGGGUGUUCAAUGUUGGUAUCAAUCUUACGCUUUCGGGCAGAGAGUUGACUAACUGCUUGAAGAUCAUGUACAUGCGUCCUGGCGAUGGCUACAGAGAGGAAAUAGAGCGCAGAAGGGAUGGGCUUGAGGUAAUUGGGUUGAGCGAGGUAGUGUACAAGUCUCUUGUGGAAACAUUGGAUGAUGUCCAUGAAAACUUGCCCCAGUGCCAAGACCAGUUUAUGGGCUGGAACGUCAGCUACCUAUCGGAAAAGUAG